AUGCGCGCCGCCAACCCACCCCGCAUCUCCACCAUCAUGUCGUGGAGAGCAUCGAGUCGGUUCCACACCCGCCGUGACUCCUCCAGCCUUUUCUGUCGUUCACUCGCUACUAGAUCCACGAGGGCGUCGAGGCGGUGUUGCGCCGCCUCCCGUUCAGUCAGGUCCUCCAACUCGCCAUCCACCGGACCUCGUGGAGCAGGGAUAGGUGGACGCCCUUGCGGAGCCUUGGCUACGGGUUGA